CCGGUUUUGAUAUCACCUGGGAAACGAGUAUUUGCUAAUUUGAGCAUAAGAACAUACAAGUUCAUUGGUAAAAUUCUGUUUUCUGCGAACGAGAUGCCUGGGACGUCAAGCAAAUCCGACAAAAUAUCGUUUGUUUCGGGCAACCCUACUGUUGAAAAAACGGAGGGAAUAAUCCACCUCUUCAAGAUGAAGAAUAAAAAGGAAAUAACAGUUGGGUGCCAGACUUCAAGCAUGCUAUGCAUGCUAGGUAUUCCCUCGAAUAUAACUGUAAAAGAUUUACUGAACUUUUGCGCUCCAAUGAGAGGAAUUUUGGAGCUGAAAAUUGUCAAAGGUAGUCAUGUCGGACAUUAUAUGGCUUUGCUAAACUUCGAGAACCAAGAAUAUGCUCAUCGAUUUCACGAGGCGUUGAACGGGGUUGCAUAUAAUAGUUUUGAGCCUGACGUUUGUCAACUCGCAUACAUAUCUCACGUCGAGGCUAUUCACUCCUCAGUGGGUGGUUCUUUUCCUCUGCGAGGCCUCGUUGAGUUGCCUUCAUGUCCGGUUUGUCUCGAAAAAUUGGUUGGUAUUCUCACAACCAUUCUUUGCAAUCACAAUUUUCAUGACGAGUGUAUAUCUCAAACUACGGAAACAACAUGCCCUGUUUGCCGGUACGUUCAGUCUCCCGAAAUGGUUGCUGACAGCCAGUGUGCUGAUUGUGAACUCCGUGAAAACCUCUGGAUUUGCCUGAUUUGUGGUCACGUCGGUUGCGGUCGCUAUGGUCAGAAACACGCACAUCGUCAUUUCCAGGAAACAGGACACACCUUUGCCCUCGAGUUGGGUAAGAACUUGGUCUGGGAUUAUGCAGACGAUGCCUACGUACACCGACUAGCGAUGAAUCAGGAGGAUGGAAAACUUGUGCAGGUAUCUUUUGCUUAUGCGAAUUUCGAGACUGGCGAUAAGAAAUUGGACUAUCUCAACUCCGAGUUCAGUGCGAUAAUGAUAAGUCAGCUAGAAUCUCAGCGACAGUACUUUGAGUCACAGUUGGAUGUCAUUACUUCAGAGUCCGCAGCUCGAACUGCGGACAUAGAGGUAAAAUUGGAAAAGACUCAGUCAAUGGUCUCCUCUCUGGAGUCUAAGGUGGCAGCCCUUACCAAGGAGAAGACAACACUUGCCCAAAAGCUAUCUCAGGUAUGUGGACGUUUUCCCCCCGUAUCGAACGUUAUUUUCGUCUUCUUUUAG